AGACAGGCGACAAAUGCAAGAAGCGGCUCCAUCCACUCCAUUCAUCCAAGCAACAGGCAAGCACAACACACCACUUUCAAGAGGAUCAGCUUAGCUCUCAAGCACGGCUUUGUCCUGGAAAUGGAAGCCAAAGAUCCUGUUGGAAAAGAAAGCUUGGGGGCCAAAAAAAAGAACUUGCCCUUCUUAAGGCACAGGUUCUACAUGCUGGAGAGGAGGAAGACCGACACGGUGGUGGAGAGUGGCAUUUCUGGAGACCAUAACAGCACUGGGACUUUGAGGAGGAGCCAGUCAGACAGGAGUGAAUACAGCCAGAAAUUACAAGAAAAGAUGGCACCCCAAGCAGGGUCUUCAGGGCCAGUCGGUUCACCGCUAGAAAAUGAAGAGCAGCGGAAUACACGGAUGAUGGCCAGAAGGCAGAAAAUUAUUGCUGAAAUGAUCCAGACUGAAAAGGACUAUCUCAGCGAUCUGGAAUUGUGCAUCAGGAUCGUAAUUGAGCCCUUGAGAAGAAAGCAGAUUGCUAGGUUUGACGUGGAUGGCUUAUUUUGCAACAUCGAAUCUGUCCAUCAAAUAUCAACCAAACUGCUGUCACUGCUGGAAGAAGCAACAGAGGAUGUGGAACCAGCCAUGCAAGUAAUCGGGCAAGUGUUUUUGCAGAUUAAAGACCUACUAGAAGAUGCAUAUAAAAUCUACUGCUACCACCAUGAUGAUGCCCAUGUCCUACUGGAAUCCUAUGAAAAGGAUGAAGAACUGAAACAAGAGAUAAGAGAAUGCCUACAGUCCUUAAAGAAGAUAUAUGAAGGAGGGGGAAAACCAAAUCUACUGGACAUGGGAUCUCUGAUGAUCAAACCAAUACAGCGAGUGAUGAAAUAUCCACUGUUACUAUGUGAGCUCUUAAAUGCAACGCCUGUGUCCCACCCAGACCACAAGGCACUGCAGGAUGCCUUGGUUGCUGUAAAAGCUAUGAAUAUGAACAUCAACGAACUGAAAAGAAGAAAGGAUAUUGUGCUGAAAUAUAAGAAGAAUGACGAAGACGAAACCUUGAAAGAGAAAUUUUCAAAACUGAACAUUCACUCAAUUAGUAAGAAGUCCAAGAGGGUCACAAGCCACCUGAAAAUUCUAACUGGAGGAGAACCACAGGUGAAAGAUGAAACUUUUAAUAAAGAGGAAAAGCUAUUCAGAAGUUUGGAAAAGACAAUCAAACUCUGUGUGAAGAAUAUUUCAUUGUUUCUGCAAUACCUAGAGGAUUCAAGUCCUCUGGCGGCACAAACUGUAACAGAACUUCAAGAUCUUCUGUAUGAGAGAGAGAAUGAUGAAAUUGGCUCUCCAAAGACAAGGAUUAAUGCCGAAAACUGCAAUGAAGAAUUUGCGAAUCAACUGGACAAGAUGGUGCUGUCUCCCCUUUCAGCGCUACAGGCCUUAUUUCUAGGCCCUCAAAAGCUAAUCCAGAAACGUUAUGACAAACUGCUAGACUAUAAUAGCUCCCAUACACCGAAGAUGCCAGGGGACGAAAUGGAUCUUGCCAGGAGGGAAUAUGAGGCCCUUAAUGCUCAGCUCGUGGAAGAACUCCAGAGGUUUAACAGGGCAGCAAAGAGAAUCGUGACAAAUUGCCUGUAUUGCCUCAUUAACCUCUUGAGGGAUAUGAUGUCAUCAUCGCUGGAGUCCUUUUCCACAGGGGAAUCCCUCGUACCAGUGAGUAGAUUACAUAUCACUGAAGUUCAGCAUCAGGUGCUUGAAGAGGUGCACAACCUGGGUUUUGUUAAAGAAAACAACAACAUAACAUUCAUCGAGAGAAAGUUGAGCUUUGAAAAAAAGAAGCCCAUCGCUUUGCAGCCAGAAUUUCCACGUCAGACUGAGAGCCACAGGUCCAUGUUACUAUCCACAUACAACUCUGACAUGCUGUACCAAGCCAAGCGCAAAUGCAACGCCUCCCAGGAAUUUGAUAUUGAUUUGUAUGAAGGAGAAGUGGUGGCUGUGCUAGAGCAGAAGGACCCUUUUGGAAGUACCAGCAGAUGGCUUGUUGACACUGGAAUUUUGAAAGGAUACAUUUAUUCCUCCUUCUUGAAACCCUACAAUCCGGCAAAAGCUCAAAAGGAAUCGGGAGAACCUGGGUUUUGUGAUGGCGACUUUGACAACAUCAGCCUUUUUGUUUCUUCACGGCAACCGGAUGACAGCGUCAUGAAAUCUGCUGGCCAUAAGAGAAGCAGCAGCGUCUCCUCCUAUAACAGCCUGUGUGAAAAGACAUCAAUUAAUGGGACAGAAGGGGAUAGCUUCUAUGAAGCUGAUGACCAACAUACAUUCUAUGCAGUCCACCCAUUUCAAGCAAGGAGUCAACAGGAACUCAGUCUGCAGGAAUAUCAGCGAGUUCGGAUUCUACAUUUUUCUGAUCUGAGUGGCAAUAAAGAAUGGUGGUUAGCCGAAGUGAAAGGACAAAAAGGAUACGUACCUGCUAAUUAUCUUGGGAGGAUGACUUAUGCUUGAACUUCAGAAACACUUAUGAGCCCUAAUUUCCCCAAAAACUACAACCAGGAGACCUCUGUUUUAUUUGUUUUGAAGAUGAAUGCCCUCGUCUGUUCUAGAAGGCUUCGCGAGAUAAAGACCAUCAAAAGCUGGGAGCUGAAGAUCUUGUGGAAUGUUUUUUUAAAAGAUCAUUUCCAGUUCCUGCCUUUAAAUGCCUUUUCCUCUAUCCCAAAAUAUUAACGGCUUGGACCAGUGGAUUGCCUUUAUUGCAUAGACCAACUCUGUGUCAAUUCAGAUCAAAGCAGGUACUAUAGUUCUAGCUCAAGUGUGGAAGUCUGUAGGCUGCAUAGCCCACCUCCCACACAAGAUAAUCUUCAUGCCUUUGGACAUCAUUGUUGUCCUCUCUCCAAAUGUGCCAAAAAAAAAAGAAUGAUUGGUUCUGGCAUCAUCAUCCUGGAAGAGUGCUUCUCUUACUAAACAAGGUACAGCAUCUUAGUCACACACAACUCUAUUUUAAGGUCAUACAUCAGUAUCUUAUUGAGCUUCUGCUGAGCAGAAAAUCAGGCCAGCACAGUCAUGCAGGACUCCAUCACUUGCACAAGUCUUUCUGUUGUUCAAGCUGUGGUCUCCAUGAAGAACCCCCAUCCUCUGCUUGCACCAUGGCAGCACUUGGGCAAGUGCCCCAAUCUCAUUUUACUAUCCUGGCAAGAUGUUAUGCUCAGCAGAAUUGCAACAGGAUAGUGGGCCAAUUAAACAUUUUUAGGAAUUGGCCUUCUAGUCAUUUCUAAUUUUAUCUUUUCCAUUUAUUUUUAAGCUUGGGAAAUUAACUCUGUGGAUCAUGGAGUAAGAAACUGGUCCUCUGCUUCAGAGAACUUCCCCAUGUCUAUUCUAAGGAUAUUAACACCACUGACUCAACCACGAGGGAUCCUGGCCAUUGCAAAUGUAAUGGUAAUCACAAAUCAGUGGCUUAAAAAAAUGGAGGAGUAACAUCGUUCAUGCAGAAUUAUGGAAAACAAACUACAACUAUGAAAGAGGGGGAAGAUACACACCAAAGGCAUUUUCUUUCACAAUUUCAAAGUCUUCCUGUAAUUUGCGAAACAAACAAAACAUCACAGCUCACAAAAUAUUUUAUUCUGAGUAUUUUAAGAACUAACAAAGUAGAAUGAGCAGAGAAAACAGUCUGCAGGUGCUGUCUAGGAUCAAUCUUAUAAGGCACAAAACAUUUCAUCAUAGGGCCAAACUCAGCAGUUACUUUAGAAGUUCAAUAGCCCUUUCAGCAUGCAUAAAACCACAUUGGACAGCAUUGCAAAAUCAGAAGGGAUAUGCUAGAUACAACAGUUUUGAACUGGAGGUUUAUUGGUCAGCCUCUUACACUACCACACACAUAUACACAUCAACUUGUUUCUUGUAGAGGGAGGCACACAUCUUCUGGUUAAGCAUUUGUAUUUUCUGCUCAACCAGUGUUCUUCCUGUGCCAAUGAAGGCCAACUUUGUAAAUAAUGUCCUUAAAAAUAAUUUUUUAAAAAUCGUGUAGCAUGAAAUGUCAUCAUGCUUAGUUUUUCGAAGCUAUGGAGUUCAUGCAGUAUAAGAACUAUGUACUGAACUAUAACCACUGCGAUCUUUUGCACUGUAUUUAUAUAGUGAAUGAUUUGUAAUGAAGAAUCAAGUAGAGAUGGGGAUAUUCGUAUACAA